UGCCCGCCUGGCAGGGGGCGCCGGCGCCCUCCCCGGUGCGGCGAGCGGCGAGCGGCGAGCGGCGAGCGGCCGCCUGGGACUCUGAGCGGAGGGGAGAGGCUCGAUGCUGUCCCGGGGGGCGGGGCCGGCCUUUCCGGCCGCCGAGGGGGCGCCGGGCUCUCCGCUGGCGCGGGUGUUAGGGAGCAGAGAGCCUGACUGUGUCUCCAGGCUGGAGCUCUAGGUGUGGGGGCUGAGCGCCGAUGCUCCCCGGCCCUCUUCGGCGGUCGAAAGAAAUUAGGAAUUAUAACAGAAGUACAGAAUAGAGGCAGCGUUUGGAUAUUGGAUGAUCUUUUCUAGUAUUUUCCUUCAUGUCCUUCUUCAUAGUUUCUGAUGAAGAACAAUCAAUAGUUUAUAUUCCAGGAAUUUCUACAGAAGAAAGUACGAAAUCAAGACACAAGUUAAGUCCAAAAGCUGAUGUUAAACUUAAGACUUCCAGGGUUACUGCUGCUUCAGUCUCCAUGGAGUCUUUAAAAGGUGCAGGAGAUUCAGUAAAUGACCAGAAUUUCUGCAGAGGAGGAAUAAAGAGUGCAUCAUUGAAGGAUUUAUGUCUGGAAGACAAAAGACGCAUUGCAAAUUUAAUUAAAGAACUGGCCAGAGUAAGUGAGGAAAAGGAAGUGACAGAAGAACGAUUCCGAGCUGAGCAAGAAUCAUUUGAGAAGAAGAUCAGGCAUUUGGAAGAACAGAAUGAACUGAUCAUCAAAGAAAGGGAAGCUCUUCAGCUACAGUAUAGAGAAUGCCAAGAACUUCUAAGUCUCUAUCAGAAAUAUCUAUCAGAACAGCAAGAGAAACUCACCAUAUCUCUCUCAGAACUUGGUGCUGCUAGAAUGCAAGAACAACAGGUAUCCAAUAGGAAAAGCACUCUUCAGUCUUCAGCUAUGGAACUGGAUGGUUCCUACUUGAGUGUAGCCAAAUCACAAACCUGUUAUCAAAACAAGGAGAGGCCUAGGUGUGCAAACCAGGACUCAGCUUCAGAAUCCCUUGUGGAGUUCAAGAAUAAUUCUUUGAAACCAGCAGACUUUCAUUAUUCCAAAGAGGAUCUAGACAGGAUGCCAUCAGAGACCAGAACAUGUGAUUAUGGAUCCCUAGGGAGAAGAUUAGUAGAUGCGGUCCCUAUAGAGAAGGCUCCACCAGUGGAACUAAAGAUGAAAGAAUGCCACACCCUGAAGCCUACUCUAUCCAGUCAGUGUUGUGGUCAUAGACUUUCUGAAAAUGCAGAUCCUGUUCAUGAAAGCCAUCCUACAUGCAUGGCCCCUCAAUAUUCCAGAACACAUCUGGAAUCAUGCAGUUAUUGUGGGCUUUCCUGGGAUUCCCUGAUGCAUGGUCAAGGGACACAGAAGUCUACUGAAACCGAUAUCAAAAAGCAACUCUCAGAAAACAGAAGGCAGCAACUUAUGCUUCAGAAAAUGGAGCUGGAAAUUGAAAAAGAGCGCCUUCAGCAUCUGCUGACCCAGCAGGAAACAAAGCUUCUCCUAAAACAGCAGCAGCUUCAUCAGUCUCGACUGGAUUACAAUUGGUUAAGAACUCAAGCUGCAUUUAAAUCAAGAGAACUCCUUGCUGCUAAAGAGUUUACUAAACCCCAGGAACUCAAUCUGGAUAUGAAUGGGGAUGACUCUGGACCAAGUUUAUUGAAGUCAAAAUGUGAUGGCUGGCUGCUGGGACCAUCAUCAUCCAUCAAAAAAUACCAAGAGUCCACAAGCAGUGUUGAGAAUAGAAGGGAAAAGAAGACAGUUGGGUUUCAACCACAUGCAGAAGAUGAUACAGACAUGAUAUGGACGUGUCAAAAGAAAGAUACAUAUCAACCCCUAAGAGGAACAGGGGCAGGAGUUAGAAAAGAUGCUUCCACAUCUCCUAUGACAAAAGGAAGCCAAAAGGAGCUUGCAAUCACAACGACAUCGGCACUGCAGCUUGACACUUCCCGGUAUGAAACAUCUCUAUUGGAUUUGGUUCAAUCUCUGAGUCCAAAGUCUGCUCCCAAACCUCAGCCCCAUCCCUCUAGAGAAGCUGGGGCCUGGAAUCACAGUACUCGCCGACUCAGUCCUCGAAAAUCAACAUGGAACAAGAUGGGGGCAGGCAGAACCCCUGAAGACCUGGAGGAGAAUCAAAUUCUGGAAGAUAUCUUUUUCAUUUGACGUUGAAACACAUGCUACAAGAUUCCCAUACGACAUGUGUGGGCUUCUUUAUAUACUGAUCUAGGAUUUAAUUAUUUUAUUGCAAAGUAACCGUGUCUCUCCUUUCACAAUGGCCUCUCUCACUAACAUCCUGUUAUGUGUUGAACUAAUCAUGCUACAAACCCAGGGUGGUUUUGAUCAGACCAAUCAGUAGGUAACAUAUUAAGGGGGCAUGGGAGUGGAGGGCCAUAUCUUUCCCGUGCCAAGCAGAGAUUAGAAAAUUAACAUAGAAUACCUUCUACAUGCAAAGCCCUUUGCAUAUUCAGCCUCAUUUCCAGUGUUUCCUUCGCAAUGCCUUAUUGGAAAACGUUGGCUUUCUUUUGUACACAAGGAAAACCUUUUCAUGGAAAGAUCCCUCUGAUUGAAAUGGAGCCCUUUUGUAGCAUAAGCAGUUUCAGAAAGAAAGAACCUUUACCUCUCUAGCUCUCCUUCACCUCUGUAUACGGGUAGUCAUUUAAUUCUGAAGUUGGGCUUAGUGCCCCUCCCCGUUGCUUGUGACGUCACCAGGACCAGUCUUGAGUCAUUUCCAGGAGUCAUCAGCCCUUAACCACAGGGCACAGUGGGCCGGAGGGAGGGACCCAACCAACCCUUGGAAACCAGCAUUAAGUAAUGCACCUGGAACAACUGCCCUCUGGAAAUAAAAUGGAGGCACAGGCCUGACAUGCUUUUCCUGCCAUCCACUCCUUUCCCAGGAUAAAUAAGAGCAAUAACUCAGUACUUUUUAUUGACUCAAGUGUCUAUAUUUGUGAGCUGUUCAUGGCUGUGUCUGGGGAAGAUGCCACUAGAGAGAAAGGAGCAUCAGAUACCAUAGGCUGAUCGGCUUUCCCUGGUCAUCCCUCUUACGUCUUAAGGAUCAAAGGCCCAAGGUUGACCAGGCCUUUUAUGUGCUCUGCUCUGUGUUACUGUCCCAUGACCCCAAAGAGCCCUCUCUACUUGCCAGAUUUCCAUCUGCCCCUCCAAGCAGCAUCUACCAAUCUUUCCCACUGGGCCUCCAUUUAACCCAGAGAAGGCUUGUGGAAGAAGUACACUUGAGACCUCAUUCUCUGUUCUCCUAUUUGGCAGAGCUCUUGAGAUGGGUCCUUCAGCUUACAGGGGCUCUAGUGGGCUCUUGUGCUGAUGGGUAGCAUGAUAAGCCUGCUAGAGCCAGUGAGUUGACAACUUCCCAGUCAUUGGAAGCAAGGGAGAUGUGUCCCCAGAAGUGAGUAGUGGAUGACUUUAUUUCAUCUGGAGGGUAUCACUUUCUUUCUCUCUCCCUUCCACCCAACUCCAGACUUGAAGUGGGACCAAGAGUCUUUAUCAGUGAGCAUUGGUAGCCACAGUCAGACCACCCAGGGUAAACUGCUGUUGGUGAGCCUGCAUGGCUUCCCUGAAUUCUUUAUCAAAACUAGAUUAUGUCAGCCUACAAAAGCCUUGUUAAAUAGAUUCUUUAUCUAGAUAGAUCUAAAUCUCAUUGUCUCUUCUGGCUGAGGCCCUGUCACCUCUACUUAGCCUUCCCUCCCUUUGGUGUUCUUGCUGUUUGGGGAAGAGAAAAAUGAGAUCUACCAACACCAGUCCUUAAUCUGAGGUCAAGAUUAACAAAUUUUAGGCAUUCAAUUACAAAGUUGAAAAAACACUGCAGAUUAUAGUGUCCUUUUAAAGUUCACCUCAUGACAGGAACUGAGUCAAUUUCAUCCCAUUUCAGAAAGCAUUUGGAAAAUUGAGUUUCCUUUGGUAUAGCAAAAUAGGGAGCAAAAAACUGAGAGCCCUUAGCCAUUUUCUCAAUUAAAUUUAGAUUUCCAGAACUCUCUCUUCCUUGCCCCAUAAGUGUCAAGAGCACCAUAAGUACAUCCAUCUCCCUUGGAUCAGCCAUAACUACACUCCCUCAUUUGGAGACCAGUGUCUUUACAGCUUUCUAGAAUAAGAGGAUGCCAGAAAGACCAAGAAAAGGAUUAUUUCUUUAAGAAGCUUGUUUGCCUUUAGAAGAAUCAUAAAUGAGAGAUAUAAGCUAAGGAUUUUUGGCUGGGGGCAGGAGUGGUCACGUGCCACAGAUUGGAGUUUAACUGCUUCUUUACCUCCCCCUGCAUGAGCAUUUUGGAAGAGCAAAGAUGGAUGUUCAGCAGAGCGUCAAUCAACUUAUUUUUUAUAUGCUACAUUCCCCCACCAGUUGCCUUUAUCCUGUAGGCAUUUCCUGUGUGUCAGGGCAAUGGGAUGUGAAUAUGUGCCUAAUCCAUUGGCUUCCUUGUGAAUUGAACAGCGUAUGUUAGCAUCUUCAUCUGUCUGACUUUGAGAUAUGUGUAUGUUAUAUAUAUGAGAAGUUUGUUGUAGAGCCUGUAAGUUUGGCCUAAUUGCAGAUUUCCUACAGAGAGAGGGCCUGACACAGAGGAGUCUGCUUUCUUACUGGUAAAGGGUUCCCAACAGUGACUGGAUGCCUCCAGCUGCUUCCUCAGAGCAAGACUAGACACAUACUAGGGGUAUUGCAGAUAAUGCCACAACAUCGCCCACCCUGCUGCCCAUCACUCUGUGAGAGAGAAACCAAUCAAUGUUUGCACCAUGGGACUGGACAAAGUAUGUCCAUUCAAGCUCCUACAGGGGCACAACAUGCUUGAUUUAGGAAACUAAGGUCAAUCAAGGAAAAGCUUUUGCUGACGGUCAUCCUUCCUGGAGGCACACUAGAGUUCUUCCAAAGCUGACCCCCACAGUGAGGACUUAUCUAAAAAAUCCCAAAUGUCCUGGGGAAGGGAGGAGCUCUCUCCUCAGUCAGAGCCUCUCUUUCCACCCGGCCCUGCUCCCAGCACCAUGGCCAGAGACUCUGGAAAGGGAUAGGCCUAAAGGAGCCCAGCUAGAUGAAGUCUGUCGUCACUAGUGAGGUGGACGGAGGUUUUGGCAGACCCCUCCCAGCUCAGGCUUUAUCCUCACUUCAGAGAGUAUUGUUUAUAUACAUAUGAGAUUUUAAGUUAAUAAAUUAUCUCCAUGGCUAUUUUCCCCAUGUGGUUUUGAUAUCGAAUGGUCCCUUCAACACCCCUCAUCAGAUCAGUGGGGCAGAGGUCCAAAGCAAGAGCAACACUCCAGGUUAUCAAAAUGUUAUUCUUUUCAGUAUGUGUUAAAACAGCAGGAGCUUGGGUCAACCAAAAGAAAGGAAACGAUUUGUCACAUACUGAUAGGUUUUCCUGGUUGACUCCCACUCGCUCCCAUCACGUGGACACCAAGCCGCCUCUAGGUUGUGUGGUUGCUGGAAUGGAACUUUCAAUCUGUGUGCACCUCUGAGUCCCUUCCAUUUGCCUGUCCCCCAAACUACCCAGCAAGGAAGAACUAUCACAGCACUUGGAGGCAGGAAAAAUGGCCCUAUCUAGUUGACUUUAGUUGCUAAGAGAUGUUAGGCGAGGGCAUGUGUGCCAGAAAUGCCCAAUUUGGGGAUCAUACCAGUGGAUUCAAUUAAUGGCCAGAGACCCUAUCUCGCCUCUUGUUCCCCAGGUCAACCUGGCACCUCCACCUGACCAAGGAGACUACAAAUGCCCCUCAGGUGGAGGUGGCGAGAACACAAUUGUCAGUCAGCUCCAAGCCCUGUGCCAUCUUAUUCAAUGCUUAUGAAAGUCAUACUUUUAAGAAAUCAUUUUUAUAUGUGUUUCUUGUAAGCCACCUGUAGUCCUUUAUGGAAUGAGGGCAAGGGUAUGUCUGUGCACACCUAAGGUUCUCAAAGUGUUAUCUUGUGCACCACAAGCCCUAACUAAGGUCAUCAGCGAGUAAAGAAUAGAAUUCCAACUUGGAAUCUGGGGUUGGAAGAGUCAUUAUUCCCUUCUUCCUGUCUCCUCCUUCCUGUCAAACUUGCAAGUAAUGGCAAGUCCACCUCCUAUUUCUUAACACGACCCCUUACCUCUAUCUCUGCUGGUACUUCUCUAGCACAACAGUUUCUGCAUUUGUCUUCCUACCAGAUGGCCUUGAACAAGUGACUUUACCCUUUGCCUCACUCUUAUCUGUAAAUGGGGAUCAUAACAGAACCUACCUCAAGGGGUUAUUGGGGGGUGCAGUGAGCUAAUGCAUCGAGUGCUCAGCACAAAUAAAUAAGUACUCAUAAGGUUACCUGUUACUGUCCUCCAGGAAGCAACCAGGUCAUCUUGCCAUGUCGCAUCCUGGCUUAAAAGUGUUGGAUAGUCCCAGUACUUAGUUUCCUGUUGUGUUUAAGAGAGAGCUUGGCCUUCUGAGCAUAAUGCAUGAGGAUCUUCAUGAUUUGGCCCACUGCGCAGCUCUGGCCCCACUGUUUUUUUCUCUUGACUUCUGUGCUCCAACCACUAUGAACUUCCAUAGUUCCUGAAGGCACUAUGAUAUCCUUCUCCUGACCUUGUGAGCUUUCUUAGUCCUUUGUAUGUCCCUUAUCACAACACUUGCUAUGCUAGAAAUGCCUGUUUAUCUGAUUCCUCCUUCAGCCUUACUACUUGUGAGUUGUACACAUUUAGACACGUUAUACUCUAUACAUUUAAAAUAUGUUGUAAAGUUAAGCUUCAUAAAUUAUAACUCUAAGCCUCAGUUAUGAUCAUUUAUAAAAUUACUUGCAAAAAGGGGAUGGUAAUUCCUACCUUACAAAUUGAUGCCUGGAUCACUGGCCCAGAGGCCCAGAGGAAAGCCAGAAUAAGGCAAAACUUGUUCCUGCAAGUCAGCCUAGGCAGGGUGUCCAGCAGAGCCAGAGGGGGCUGCGUGGAAGGUGGAGGGACCAGAAGACCCAGGAGUAAAGAACAUUGUUGGGGUUUGUGAGAGAAGAGGAGAUGUCUGGCUGGAAGACGAGGGCCCAGACAGGGCAUGGGCACCAGCUUCACCCUCCCCUUCCACUGCUCUCCAGAGCUGGGUGGCCUUGGCAGGCACCUCACUGGCACCACUGCACAGACAGGCCCUGGCCUGACCACUGCCAGGCUGUCCAGGGUCCACUGUCCUCUUGUGCUGCCCUUAUAAGCUGGGAUGUCCCCACUCUUUGUCCUUCUCUUCCCCAGUGCUGAGCUGAGAAGCUUGGAGGAAGAGAAGGCCAGCUGUCCUGCUGCUUGUCGCUGCCAGCUGAGACAGUAUGAACUCUGCAGCCCCGAUUUUCAGCCUCUUCCUCCUGGCAGGAGGUGAUUUAAGCUUGUUGGAUUUAUAUAACAUUGGGAAAACGGUAAACUGUGUAAAUUUGCUAUGUUUUCCAGGGACAGUUAUUUAUGGAGAGGCAUUUUUAACUCAAGUGCAGAAGUGUUAAAUCAUUAUAAUAAAUUCAUGCUAUUCAGACUUUCUUACAUUGUAAUAAAUUUUUUCUAAGCAUGAA